AGAAGCUACUCCAAUGUCACCUGGAAACCCGGACAGGAGGUGAAGAAGGUAGACGUGGAAUAGAGUCAAACUCCUUGGCCCUUGUCUCUCCUUAGAUGGCUACAGGCUCCAGCGCCAUGCAUCGUUGCCCAUGGAAAUGUAUCAUAGUUGCUGUGUCCUUAAUCUUCCUGAACUUCUUCCUCCAAGAGAAUAAUGAAGAACAUCUUCCGUAUAACUUACCAUUGGAGGAAAAGAAGAAAAUACUGUGGCAGCUCAACCAGGAGCAAAUGAGCUCUGAAAGCAAGAACUAUCUGGCAACCUUCAAGGACCUACAGAAACCCUCCCCUUUACUCCGACAGGCCAACUACAAAUUCCUGACUGGAUCCCUUCCCCAGGAAAAGAAGCUGCUGACGGUGGGGAUUUCCUCAGGGAAGCGCCCUCACGGGACCUACCUCUUGGACACCUUGCAGUCCCUUUUUGAAGCUUCCUCAGAACCUGAGCUGAAUUGUAUCGUCGUGUUGGUCCACCUGUCAGAUCCUGACCCCGAAUGGCUCAACCAAACAGUUGCCAAUAUUUCAGCCCUCUUCAAACCACACAUUGAGGCCCAGAAGCUGCUUCUGAUCCAUGGUGAUCUCAGUGACUCUCCUCUCCCGGGAGAUCUGAAUAAUGUUAGUCAUGCCUCACCCUGCGAAGCACGUUAUUCCAGGCAGAAAGUCAGUUAUGCCCUCCUCAUGAACUUUGCUCUCAAUCUCUCUGAAUACUUUCUGGUGAUAGAAGAUUAUGUUCACUGCACCCCCAAAUUUAUUUCUACCAUCUAUUGGGUAUUAUCAGCCUGGAAAGAACUAUCUUGGGUGAUCCUAGAGUUCUCCAGCCUGAGCCUCUCUGGGAAAGUUUUCCACAACAGUGACCUCCCCCGUCUGACCUCUUUCUUUCUCCUUUUCCAUGAGAACAUUCCCAUUCAUUUGUUUCUCUCUGAAUUCCGUCUUCUCUUGGCCCAAAAUGUUCCAAUUCGUUUCAGUCCCUCGGUCUUCUACCACAUGGGCAAUUAUUCUGUGUUUGAGGACACAUGCUUUCCUGUGGAGAAGGAAAAGGUCUUUGGUGAACCAGACAACCCUGUUGCCAACGUCCUCACUGACAUGAUGGCAGGACUGAAUAUUAUUCCACAGUACGCUUAUAUUCUGAACAAGGAGUCCUACUCUGUCCUCGAUCCUGUAGAAGGCAACUACCUGACGGUGAUUUUGGAGAAGCCACAAAAAGUCAUCCGGAUAGAGGUGCUGACAGGUUCUGACAAACAAGGGCUGUACUGGCUACAGCAGGGGCAAGUGGAACUGGGCUAUGAUCCCUUGGAGAAUUCCAGAGGCUGUACCCGCUAUACCCUACUAGGUCCACUGGUAGAAGGACAUUUGGACCAGAGGGUAUUUUAUGAAGAAGAUUCUGUGGAGGAGUUGAGCUGUAUACGAUUAAUCGUGCUAGCAUCUCAAAAGUCUUGGCUCCUGGUCAGGCAGAUCAGAGUCUGGACUCAGCCCGAGGAAGAGAAGAGUUAGCGCAAUGG